CCUGCUUUGGUUAUAAAUCAUAAUCUCUUUUGUUGUCUCGCCUUACAUUUAUCUUCUUUCAGACCUUGGGUUGAUGAAGAAUAAUGUGCAUGUGUACCUUUUGCCUAGUGUUUCUUUGUUCGCAAAACAAUCAUGAAAGAUAUCAUUCAUGAAGCGUCUUAAGGACGAUGCCAGAUGGGAUACAUUUAUGUUACCUUUUCAAGCUAUUUUUGCUCUUCUUUUAUGAUGUGAAUUUGAUAUUUAUCAUGUUUGUAUGUUUGCCAAUUUUCUUUUAUUAAAAUGCUAUAAAAAUGUAAAACAAGAUUCCUUACGCACUGUUGCAUAAAUCUCAUAAGCCAAAGCACCAAGUGCGCUAUUUUUGCCAAAUGCCAUAUUUCUUCAAAUUAUUAUAGUUUUUUUUCCGGUACGGGCUCUGUUUGUUGAUCGUUCGUUACGAAAAAAAAAUUAAAAACCGCACUAAAUAAGAACAACCAAACAAAACAAAAAAAAACUUUUUGCUUUUUCCUUGAAAAAGGUUUUCAUCUGAAUCAUAUCGUCGUCGUAAUUUUUUUUCCCACAAACCUCUGGAACAUUUGGAAGUGUUGCCUUCAUGCAAAAGGAUAAUAUCAUUCUGGCACAAGACAAGUGACGGCAAGACACUCACACACACACCAUAAAAGGAUGAAGCUGUGCUGCAACAAAUGCGGAACAAUUUCGGUUCCAAAUGCUCUCACCGUUAUGCGGCUGUUCUAUGUGUCAAGUUUGGUGGAAUGGUGUAGGUAGAAGAUGCCGCGUUACGGCAUCGUAAAAGCUUGAAGCAAUCGUUCAAAAGUAACAACGACAAGGAGAGCUAAGAAGAACAAACAAAAAACAGACACGAACCUUCAGUUCUCUUCUUGUGAGCCAGAUGUAAAAGCGAAACACGCAGAAGCAGUGUAGCGUCUGAUUCCGGUUAUGAAGUUGAUGAAACCGGUGUCUUACUCGCAUGAAGUACCGACGCUAGGAAGUGAGCCAGAAUCGCGAACGCGCUGCAGCACCGCUGCGGCAUAAGUGUGGCAAAGAUGAACGAAUGGUGACGCGGGUGACUAAAUUGAAAGUGAAAGAAAUAAGGUGCAAAUGGAUUGGCGAUCGUCACCGUGCGCUGCGUCCUUUUGCUUCCGAAGCAUUAUGGCGUUAAUCGUGGAAAGUGGCUCAAACCGACGGUGGAGUUUUUGUCACCGAACGGUGGUAGCACGGAAGACAUCCCGCCAGUGUAUGGCCACAGCAGGUUUGUGGUCAAAUUGUAGCCGUGGUUUGGUGCUGGCGUCGAUCCUUUUAGUAACUUGCCUUGCCCGACCGAUCGUUUGCAGUAGAGCGCGUGAGUUGCACUUGCAGGACUAUGCCGUUUUGUCGCGUGUAUCGACAUUAGGCAACCCGUGCGGCGAAAAGGAUGGCGCUGGUACGACCACAAACCGCCACAUACCGCCCGAAAGCAUGUUGAAACUGUCCGAACUGGUGACGCAAAGUGAUGUGAUAUUCAAAGCAUUCGCUGGCCAUGGAAACGACCUGCGGGAAGCGGCUCUCAACUUCACGUGGAUGCCAACGGGAGCGUCAGAACACCGUCAGCAGCAGCAGCAGCAUCAUCACCAGCCACGCUGGAAACCGCACCCGGUGGACGUGAAUCAGGGGGCAGGCGCAGAUUUUAUCGUACGACUCGAGCCCGGCACCGUCUACAAAGGAAAUGAACUUUUCAAACAGUUGCAACUGAACAGCUGGAAGCAUUAUUUCAUCCUUUGGAGCAAUGGUAGCGUACAGUAUACGCAUCAUGAUGAUGAUGGGCACGUUCAAGGCCGUCAGGAUGGUGAGAGUUUCAGACCGACUGGAUCAACGGUGGACACUGCCAACGGAUCGGAAGAGGAUGCAUCUACAACGGAUCAUUUUGGUCACCGCAGUGCAGAACCUAUCUCGACGGAAAAGGCCACCAAACGAGAUUGUCAAAAUAGGCAACUUCGAGAAAGUACAAAGUCAGCUGUUACGGACUCAUCUUUGGAACAUUCGCAAAGAAACGAAAAUGACUUCCAACCACCAAUACCGAUCGUCACUGACAAUUCAAUCGAUUCGACUACUCGCAACCUUGAUCCGAACCGCAUCCGUCCAGUGGAAGCUUCCUCGAACCGCGACGACCACAAGCGCAAAUCCUUGUCUGCUGCUGAACGUGUCAAUUUGCAGCAAAACGCUGGAAGCAACACACGGCACGAAGCAUCGGAUGAACGGGCCGUGCCUAAAUCGAUGGAAAAGGAUUUCAAAACCGAGGGUCAGAUUAGCCGCACGCUGAGCGAGAUACUGCCUGUUACACUGAUCGUAUUUGGGCGCCUAUCCACGGGUGGUAACGACGGGCACGGUGACGCUGAUAAGCUGCUGCUAGUCGAUCCUUACGUAGGACUUUUACGCUGGGACGAGCAGCUUGAGGAUGCCCUUUGGCAAGCGCUUGGGUGGAGUGAAUGGAGUGACUAUACCGGUUGCAGUGUGGCGUGCGGUGGUGGUGUACAACAACGGUUUCGACAUUGUUUACAGUCGGCACCCUCAGACCGUGAGGCACGGGAGACACGUACCGAAACCAUCAUACCACCGGUGGUAAAACCUUCGGUUGCUACCACGCGACACCGGCGCAAUGUUUUAAACAGUGAAAUUGAAAACCCGCCCAACCCUACCACACUCGAACGUACGCAGCCAGUUCGGUACGGUGCGUUACCAGGCGUCUCCAUCGUCGCUCGCCACUCAUCGUUCGCGGACGAUGGUGAUGGAAAGGGGAAAAGAAAACGCCAAUCAAAACAAAUGGUGACGGGUGAAAAGGAACGCAGAAUGAAGUUCCUGGAAAAGGUUAAUGAAAAGAGCAUAAUAAUGAACCCUUCAACCAGCGAACCCAUUUCAUCAGAAUCCGUUUCCCGGUGGACGCCCACGGUGCAAGAUAAAUCCGUUCCACUACACGAACGGUUGGUUGCGGAAUCUGAUGCCGAGAAGACGCAUCAUAAUCGGCAACCGGAUGAGACUGCCGAUGGCGAGGGCACGUGGCACCCUGUCUGCGAGGGUCACAAUAUCGAGCAGCGGAACUGCAACAUGUUCGAGUGCACCGGUGUAAUUAAUUUGUUGACGGCACUGACACACAACUAUCACUGGAGGACCUGGGAUGAAGCGAUCGACGAUCGAAUCAACUAUCAGAUCAAUCAGCUAGAUCAAAACUUUACCCUAAUGAUGAGUUUGCGCAUAAAGCACACUGCCACUCAACCGGCCACUGGAUAUAGUGGUCACCCUGACCAGCACGUGAACGAUGGCAACGAGUCGGAUCCUUCGUCUACAGUCCGCCCAAUCAGUGGUCACAUUUUUUCCGUACGCUCCAAGCUAACGACCGGUUCAAGUUUGUCGAUAAAUUUCGAAACCGAUGGGCACGGCGGGAUACGGGUGUUGCAGGAAAAAUACGGCCUCUCCGAAAUGCUACCUGUACGAUCGGGCAAACUCACCUUACGCGAUGGUGAUUGGCAUUCGCUGGCACUAAGUGGCCGGAAUGGUGGCUUCGUAACGGUAUACAUCGACUGUCAAUGGAUUAAUUCGUUCGUCCUGACGAAGGGCUCGAUUGAGCUGCCUCAGUAUCCAAUCGUGGAGGUUGGUCAAAAUGUGGAGCUGCGUCAGCUUACGGUUGUACCGGGUGAGAAAUCGGCCCGUUUACAAUGUAAUUCACAACCGGUUCCGAUACACGAUGUGGAAAACCGACGAGUGACGAAUUACUUUGAGCAUCUCAACUAGUGUCCGAUGAAGCGAUCGGAACAACCGAAGGAAAGGUUUAAGGCGGCUGCUAAACGGCACAGUGAAUGUUUGCUCAGUGCAACAAACACACCAAACGUCCAAAUAUUCGAUAAAAUACUGCUUUUUGCUGUAUAAAAUAAACAAUACGAAAGCCUCCCGCGGACCCUAUGACCCAUCCAUGAUGAUCGGGGUGGGUGGUUUACAUAUGUGGGAAAAAACGAAGUGUGGUACGAUUAUUUCGAUUCGAUUGCAUGGAUUGGUUUAUUUCUUAUGUCCGUAGCAAGAACGACAUCAUAGCUGAAAGCUUACAGGCGGCCUCUUUUGUCAGCAACGAUUUAAAACAAAAAAAAAACUAUAAAGGAAAGUAAAAAUGCAGCAGAAACAACAACAAAACGGGAACGGAAUACAAUAAAUAAAAAUAAUCUUGAUUGAUUGUACAGAAAUGCUAGAAAACAGUGAAAA